AUGGUCGCCCACGCCACGGUCCUCUAUCCAGGAGACGCACAGUUCGAUCUGAAGUACUACCUCUCCACCCACCUGCCUCUCUGUGAGAAAGGAUGGAAGGAACUCGGGCUUGUGGACUGGAAAGUCAUUGAAUACACGCCUGGUCCCGACGGCAGCAAACCCUAUGCUAUCGGUGCGCUCCUUUCCUGGGAAUCUCUCGAGAGUAUCGGAAAGGCAUUCGAGGCCGAGGCAACCAAGGGCAUUCUCGACGAUGUAAAGAACUUCAGCGACAAGUCGCCGCUAUUUCUCAUUGGUAACGUUGCCGGUCAGGCUUGA